AAAAAUUUUUUUCACCUCCUUCAAGAGUCUCACCAACCUCUUCCUUUCUUAUCUGAAUCAAAGAUUUCUCAAAUUCAGCUGGUUUGUUUCUACCUACCAGCAAAUGCCUAAUUUACUACUGGCAACUUUUUACUUUUUUAUUUACUAUCCUUUCCAUGUUGAAAAUUUAAUUGGCGUUUUGUUGAUAAUUAACAGGCUUACUUCUAUUUUAUUUGGAAAAAGCCACGAAUGAUAGC